AGCUCACAUGUGAAGUAGUCAAAAGUUUCAGCUAUAAAAGGCCACUUUCACCGAUACAAAAUCAUUGCUCACCCAAACUUUUUCCAUUUUGUUUGGCCUUUUGUGCUCAUCAAUGGCUAGUAAAAGCACUAAUCAUGAUGACCCUUUCUCAAUUUCAUCUUCUACUCCUCGCUGGAAGCAUGACGUCUUCCUAAGUUUUAGAGGUGAAGACACACGUAACAACUUCGUGGAUCAUCUCUAUACUGCUUUGGUUCAAGCUGGUAUUUGCACCUUCAGGGAUGAAGAUGAAUUACCAAGAGGGAAAGAAAUUUCAGCAAAACUACUGAAUGUAAUUCAAGAAUCAAUGAUUUCAAUUGUCAUAUUCUCUAAGAACUUUGCGUUCUCUACAUGGUGCCUGAAUGAGCUUGUGGAGAUCCUGAAAUGUAGGAAAACAAGAGGACAAUUAGUUCUUCCUGUGUUUUACAAUAUUGAUCCGUCUGAUGUACGUAAGCAAAAUGGGAGCUUGGCAGAUGCUUUUGCUGUACAUGGGGAGCAAUUUGUGACCGAAAUGGGGAGAGUGGAGAGAUGGAGAACUGCCCUUGCUGAAGCUGCAAAUUUAUCUGGAUGGGUUUUGCAAAAUAUUGCAAAUGGGUAAUCCAUGCUAGCCUUUUUAGUGCACAAGUUUUCUCUAUUUGCAGUAAGGUUUGCUGAUUUCUUUGUGUGUGUGUUGGGGGGGAGGGAGAUUGGGAAAACAAAUAAAGAUUGGGGUCUAAGUAAUAUUAUUCUGACCUAUAGUAAUUGAAUUUAAUAGUCUGAGCUAAUGAUUUACAUCAUUUUUUAUAUAAAAAGGCAAGAAACUGGUCAUGGGUGACGUAGCACGAGUAGAGGUAGCAAAUGGGUGGGUUGAAUUGGUUACGGGCUAAUUGGAUUGGAUCAAAAUAAAUUCAAUAUAUUUUCAACUCACGUAUUAAAUUGGUUAUAUCAGGUUGGAUUUAUAACGUGUUAAAUUAAACUCAUUAACUCAUAAAAUACUUAAAACUCGUAAUAGACACACACUAAUAUAUCAAAACAUGCACACUCGCACACACACACACACUAUUACACUAAAAUACACACACACUAGUACACCAAAAUGCACACACAUACUAGUAUACCAAAAUACACACUAUUACACCAAAAUAGACACAAACACACACAUACUAUUACACCAAAAUACACACACACACACACUAUUACAUCAAAAUACAAAUAAACACACCAAAACGCAAAUACACACACACGCACACUAAAAUAAGUACUAUUAUCCAUUUGUUAUCCAUCUUAAUCCGCUUAAUUAAAAUAAGUACUAUUAUCCAACUUAUUUAAAACUCGCAUUAAUUAAUAUAUGUAUCUUAUCCAUUUAUUCAUGGGCGGAUUGGGCAAGUUAAUGGGUAAUAGGUUAAGAUUUCCAACUCUAAGCAUGAGCAAUAUGGGAGCUUGUAGCACCGGUCACGGAGGUUGGAAGUGGAGGGGGCACUAUAAGGAGAGAGAGAGAGUCUAUCUUAUAAUUGUUUAUGUCAUUAAUUAAAUGUUUACUACUUUUUUUCCGUGCUUUUAUUUUUACAUUAUGCCAUUAGACUCAACAAUGCACUUUUUUAUAUUAUCCUUUUAACAACUGCAAUCACUUGCCUUUCCAAAGAAAAUCACUUACUAACUGUUUUAUUGAUUAGAGGUGAUUAACGAGUUUUUCAUUUUUAAAACACAAAUUUCCUAUUUGUUUGAAGAAAACUCUGCAUGUAUCACAAACAAAUGCCUCUAUAUAACGAAAAUAGAGAUAUCAAUAUAGCUAAUUGCAAUUUCCAUCUCUGAUGAACAACUAACAUUUUGUAUAAUUGUCAGCUGUCAUACCUUUGGCAAGUACCAGCUAGAUGUUUAGAUACUUGAAAGUUGUUUCAAACUAGUUGAUGCCUUUAUGGAAGAGGAUUUAGUUGGAAGUAAUGGCUCGAGGCCUAUAAUUCCUUCUAAAUUCUGUUCUAAAGAGCAUGCAUCUAUUUUUUGUACAUUUUUGUUAUAGUAGGUUAAGCCUAAUGUAGUUUUAUGGUUCUAAUUAAUACAAAAUGUUCAACUUCUGGAAAGAAAAAAAAAUAUUUUGUAUAAUUGUCAAGGCUAGUGAAAAGAAGUCCUUCUAUAGGUUUGUGAAAUUUUUGUUAUUUCAUGAAUUUUUAUGAUUAACUACAUCUCUUGCGAUAUAUUCUCUUUUUGACCUUACGUUUCUUUAUAUCAUAGAAUGGACAAUGCACUGUGUUUCAUUAUAUCAUAGUAUGGACAAAGCACUCGGAUCAUAUCCGUUAUAUAUAUUAUAUAUCAACUUUUUUAUCAUUCAAUACACUAAAAUAUUUCAUCCAAAAUAUCGCUUAAGCAAAUAUAAGCAACAUGAAAAAAAAAUAUUAGUGUAUUGAAUGAUAAAAAAAUAUAUACAACAUUCAAUACACUAACAGUUGUUGUGGUUUAUUUUGAUCCACUUCCUUUUGUAAGAAUUUUAUUUCAAGAUAUAUUGUUUCCAUGUAGUUAUUUUUCAUUUUAACUAUGAUAAAUUUUCAUUUCUUUUGGACAAAAUAUUACAGGCAUGAAUCAAAGUUUAUCCAAAAAAUUGUUGAGGAGGUUUUAUGCAAAGUGAGCCACACAUAUCUAAACCUCACCAUGCAUCCGAUUGGAUUAGAUUCUCGUGUUAAGGACAUAAGGUUGUUACUAACCAAUGGAUCAAAUGACAUCCAAAUGAUUGGGAUCUUUGGCAUGGGAGGAAUUGGCAAAACGACAAUUGCCAAAGUUGUCUAUAAUCAAGUUUUUCAGCAGUUUGAAUGUUCUUGUUUUAUGGGGAAUGUGAGUGAAAUUUCAAAACAACUCAAUGGUCUAGUUCAUUUACAGGAGCAACUUCUUUCCGAAAUUUUUAUGAAAAAGGGUCCUAGUAUUGGCAGCAUUGAUAGGGGAAUUAGCUGGAUUAAAAAAAGACUUUGUUCUAAAAGAAUACUUAUUGUUCUUGAUGAUGUUGAUCAAAUUAGCCAAUUAAAUUCAUUAGCAGGGAGCCGUGAUUGGUUUGGGUUGGGUAGUAGAAUUAUUAUCACAACUAGAGAUGAGCAUUUGCUAAAUAAAGUCCAAGUAGAUGUGAAAUAUGAAGCGAAGGAAUUGAACUACAGUGAAUCUCUACAACUUUUCAGUUGGCAUGCCUUCAGACAAGCCAUACCAUUAGAAGAUUAUUUGGAGCUUUCAAAUGGCAUAAUAAACUAUGCCCAAGGGCUUCCAUUAGCUCUUGAAGUGUUGGGAUCUUAUUUGUUUGGAAGAACCAUGCUAGAAUGGAUAAGUGCAUUUGAGAAAUUAAAACACAUUCCUCACAAUCAAAUUCAGAAAAAACUCAGAAUAAGCUUUGAUGCACUAGAGGAUGAUCAAGUAAAGGACAUAUUCCUUGACAUUGCUUGCUUUUUCAUCGGAAUGGAUAAAGAUUAUGUCAUUUAUAUAUUGAAUGGUUGUGGUUUCUUCUCGGAAAUUGGAAUUAGUGUCCUAAUAAGUAGAUGUUUGCUAAAAAUUACUGAACAAAAUCAAUUGAGCAUGCAUGAUUUACUACGAGAGAUGGGGCGAAAAAUUAUUUGUGAAGAAUCACCUAAAGAGCUUGGAAAGCGUAGCAGACUGUGGUUUCAGGAAGAUGUAUGUGACAUGCUACAAACAGACAAGGGCACAAAUGAAAUUGAAGGUAUUGUGUUGGAUUUGCCGCUCUUAAAGGAUAUAUAUUUUAGGACUGAAUCAUUUGCAAGGAUGCAGAAAUUAAGACUACUUCAGAUCAAUAAUGUGCAUCUCACCGGAAAGUUUGAACAUCUAUCUAGAGAGUUAAGAUGGCUAUGUUGGCAUUAUUGUCCUCUGAAGAAUUUACCAUCCAAUUUUCAACUCAAAAAUCUUGUUGCUUUAGAUUUGCAAUAUAGCAACAUCAAGCAACUCUGGCCUGAUAGCAAGUUUGUGAAAAAUCUAAGAGUCCUAAAUCUUAGUCAUUGUAAAUUCCUGACAAGAACCCCGAACUUCACCGGGUUACCAAGGAUGGAGAUAUUGUUGCUUGAAAGUUGUUUAUCUUUGUUGGAGAUUCACCAUUCAAUUGGAGUUCUGGAUAGACUUACUUCCUUGAGUUUAAAAGAUUGCGGGAACCUUACGGAUCUUCCAAGCAGCAUUUGCAAUCUGAUAUCACUUCAACAUCUAAAUCUUACUGAUUGCUCAAAUCUGAAAAAAUUGCCCAAGCUGUUGGGGAAUAUGCACUGUCUCAGGGAACUUCAUGCUGAUGGAACUGCUAUCAAACAAUUACCGUUUUCUUGUAGGUUUUUGAAGAACCUUACCAUCUUAUCUUUGGGAAGAUGUAAUAAUAACUUACCAUCCAAAUCUUGGCUCCCGCUUAUUAUGUCUUGGGUAUCACCAAGAAGAAAUCAUGAUUUCACCGGAUUUCUCCCACCUUCUAUUUCGGGUUUAUGUUCCUUACGAAAACUAAUUCUCAGGCACUGCAAUUUGAAUGAAGCCUCUAUUCCCAUUGAUAUCGGAAGUUUAUCUGCACUUCAACUUCUAGAUUUGGGGAGCAAUAAUUUUCAUAGCCUACCAUCCAGCCUUUGUCAACUAUCCAAGCUAGAUAGCCUCUGGUUGGAUGAUUGCAAGAAUCUUCGAUCAAUCAAUGAACUUCCUCCCAAUCUAAGGGUACUACAGGCUGAUGCUUGCACAUCACUUGAAAAACUACCAAAUUUGUCAAACUACCAUAGAUUGGAAAAAUUGUUUCUAGCUAAUUGCAAUAGAUUUGCGGAUAUUCAGGACUCAAGGAACCUUGAUUCUAUGCGAUUCAUUCAUUGGGAACUGUCUAACAUUUUGAUCAAUGCUAUCAAGGAUAGUGAGCUCGAGGGACAUUGUAAGGAUGAUUAUUACAGCAUCUUCAUUCCAGUUGGGAAGAUUCCUGAGUGGUAUAUCCAUCAAAGAAUGGGUUCUUCAAUAUCUUUCAAUAUGCCAUUUCAUGUGGGGAACAAAUUAAUAGCAUUGACUACUUGGGCUGUUUGUGCUGCCAAAGAAGGUGUAGUAACCACUGCUCUUUUUCAUGUUCUCUAUAACAAAACCAAUGGUGUUGAACAGAUUCUUAGGCCUACAGUCCGCAACAAUAUUCCAGUAACCCAGACAGAGCAUUCGUUGUGGAGCAUUAUACCAGCACUUGAAUUUUUCCCGAUAAAAGGUGGAGAAAGAAUGGAGCUCUCUAUCAAAAUUAGUCCAUUUGUAGACGUUAAGAAGUGUGGUGUUCAUUUUUUGUACAAACCAGAUAUUCGAGAAAGUCAGCAGGGACAGUUAUCAUCUGCCAAAACAAUUGUACAGGAUUAUGUACAUCCAAAGAGAAGUCGUGAUGUUGAUCUAAAGGAAUCGGGCAACAACUUGGAAGAGAAAGAUGGUAAAAGGUUGAGGAUUGAGCCAGAUUCAACAUAAAUUUGAAUACAAAGCACGGUUACUUGAAAUUGUGUUUAAGUGGAUGUAUGUAUACUAAUAUGGACGUUGGUAUUUAUCAAUAAUGCUAUGUUAUAUGUUUUACUUAGUUUUUGGUGGUUUAAAUGAUUGUUAUAGAAUUUUCAUUUAAUG